AUGGUUCAAGAAAUAUCGAAAGCCUUGGCCACGCAAGGAACAACGUGGCAUUUCAUACCACCUCGAGCGCCUAACUUUGGCGGAUUAUGGGAGGCGGGGAUAAAAUCCACCAAAUUUCAUAUAAAACGAGUCAUUGGUGAAUCAACUCUAACAUAUGAAGAGAUGGCUACUCUUCUCAGCCAAGUUGAGGCUUGCUUGAAUUCUAGGCCUAUAUCAGUGCUGCCUAGCAAUCCCAAUGAGCCAAGUCCAUUGACUCCCGGCCACUUUCUUGUUGGAGAGGCUCUAGUAACAAUACCAGAAGUAAACUAUGAAGAGUCCAAUAUCAGUUCCUUAAAACGAUGGCAGUUGACUCAGAGAAUGCUGCAACGCUUUUGGCGCAGAUGGUCGAGUGAAUAUUUAGUUCAUCUUUUGCAUCGCUAUAAAUGGGCGUUCAAAACUCCUGAGCCAGAAGUUGGGGAUAUCGUUUUGGUGAAGGAGGAUGAUUUGCCGCCAACCAAAUGGCUAUUUGGUAGAAUCGUUCAGAAGUUCCCCGGGUCAGAUAACCUGACCAGGGUCGUGUCUUUGAAAUGUGGGAACUCCAUAAUUAAACGACCUACCUCUAAAUUGUGUAUAUUACCUCUUUCUAGUUAA